UCUGUGGAUUAAGGCGACCACCCCCUUCGGCACCAUGUCUACAGGAGAAAGUUUUGAGUCUCGCUUUGAGAAAAUCGGAAUGAUAUUAAGGGACCCCAAAUCUGAAGUGAACGCUGACUGCUUGUUGGAUGGAUUAGAUGCACUGGUGUAUGACUUGGAUUUCCCUGCCUUAAGAAAAAAUAAAAACAUAGACACCUUCUUAAACAAAUAUAAGGACACAAUAAGCAAAGUCAGAGAUCUCCGUAUGAAAGCUGAAGAUUAUGAAGUAGUGAAAGUGAUUGGCAGAGGUGCAUUUGGGGAAGUUCAGUUGGUAAGGCACAAGUCAUCAAGAAAGGUCUAUGCCAUGAAACUUCUGAGCAAGUUCGAGAUGAUAAAAAGAUCAGAUUCAGCAUUCUUUUGGGAGGAAAGAGAUAUCAUGGCGUUUGCAAAUAGCCCUUGGGUUGUGCAGCUGUUUUAUGCAUUCCAAGAUGACCGUUACCUUUAUAUGGUGAUGGAGUACAUGCCUGGUGGGGACUUGGUGAAUUUAAUGAGCAACUAUGAUGUUCCUGAGAAAUGGGCACGAUUUUAUACUGCAGAAGUUGUUCUUGCAUUAGAUGCAAUUCACUCCAUGGGCUUUAUUCACAGAGAUGUAAAGCCUGAUAAUAUGCUGCUUGAUAAAUCUGGUCAUUUAAAACUAGCAGAUUUUGGUACCUGUAUGAAGAUGAAUAAGGAAGGUAUGGUACGAUGUGAUACAGCUGUUGGAACUCCAGACUAUAUAUCUCCAGAAGUAUUGAAAUCUCAAGGUGGUGAUGGUUACUAUGGGCGGGAAUGUGACUGGUGGUCAGUUGGCGUCUUUUUGUAUGAAAUGCUUGUUGGGGAUACACCUUUCUAUGCUGAUUCAUUGGUUGGAACGUACAGUAAAAUUAUGAACCAUAAGAAUUCUUUAAGCUUCCCCGAAGAUAAUGAUAUCUCAAAAGAUGCAAAAAAUCUUAUUUGUGCCUUCUUAACUGACAGGGAAGUCAGAUUAGGCCGAAAUGGUGUAGAAGAAAUCAAGCGGCAUCUGUUCUUCAAAAAUGACCAGUGGGCUUGGGAAAAUCUGAGAGACACUGUAGCACCAGUUGUGCCUGAUUUAAGUAGCGACAUUGACACUAGUAACUUUGAUGAUCUGGAGGAAGAUAAAGGAGAAGAAGAAACGUUCCCUAUACCAAAAGCAUUUGUUGGCAACCAACUGCCUUUUGUAGGAUUUACUUACUACAGCAACCAUCAGUAUUUGUCCAGUUCUACGGCAAACUCUAAUGACAACAGAGCAAGCACCAAUGUAGAUAAAAGUUUGCUGGAAUCACUCCAAAAAACUAUCUAUCAGCUUGAAGAACAGUUACAUAAUGAAAUGCAAUUGAAAGACGAAAUGGAACAAAAAUUCAGAACUUCAAAUAUUAAACUAGAUAAGAUAAUGAAGGAAUUAGAUGAAGAGGCAAGUCAAAGAAAAAGCUUGGAAUCUACUGUCACUCAGGUUGAAAAAGAAAAUAUGCUGCUGCAACACAGAAUAAGUGAAUAUCAGAGGAAGUCUGAACAAGAGAGUGAGAAACGACGGAAUGUAGAAAAUGAAGUAUCAACGUUAAAAGAUCAGUUGGAAGACUUAAGAAAAAUAAGUCAGCAUUCCCAUAUUACAAGUGAAAAGAUAACACAGUUGCAGAAGCAACUAGAAGAAGCCAAUGAUUUAUUAAGAACAGAAUCUGAUACUGCAGCAAGACUGAGAAAGAGUCAUACAGAAAUGAGCAAGUCAAUGAGCCAGUUUGAAGCCCUAAACAGGGAACUGCAGGAGAGAUGCAGAGUUCUAGAGACCACGAAGUUACAAGUGGAAAAGGAUUAUUACCAACUGCAAGCAGCCCUAGAAGUAGAACGGAGGGAUAGGACUCAUGGAUCAGAAAUUAUUGGAGAGCUACAAGCUCGGAUUACAUCUUUACAAGAAGAAAUCAAAGGUGUAAAAAACAAUCUUGAAAGAGUAGAAGAUGAAAGAAAACAAGCACAGGACAUGCUUAAUCAUUCUGAAAAGGAGAAGAAUAAUUUAGAAAUAGAUCUAAACUACAAACUCAAGAUGUUACAGCACCAUUUAGAUCAAGAAAUAAAUGAGCAUAACAUAGAUAAAGCUCGGUUGACUGAUAAACAUCAGUCAAUAGAAGAGGCCAAGUCAGUUGCAAUGUGUGAAAUAGAAAAAAAGGUAAAAGAAGAAAGAGCAGCAAGAGAGAGAGCAGAAAAUCGAAUUGUUCAAAUUGAAAAACAGUGUUCCAUGCUUGACUUUGAUUUGAAGCAAUCUCACCAGAAGUUGGAACACAUUUGUGAGCAAAAAGAGAGGCUAGAAGAUGAGGUUAAAAAUCUUGCACUUCAGCUGGAAAAUGAAAUAAAUAAGAGGGUGAUGACACAGAAUGAACUAAAGAUGCAUGCUAUAGAAGCAGACAACUUGAAAGGUUCUGAGAAGCAGCUAAAACAGGAGAUCAACACAUUGUUAGAAGCAAAGAGAUUAGCCGAAUUUGAGUUGGCUCAGCUGGCUAAGCAGUAUAGAGGCAAUGAAGGUCAGAUGCGUGAACUACAAGAUCAACUAGAAGCUGAGCAGUAUUUUUCUACACUUUACAAAACUCAGGUUAAAGAACUUAAAGAAGAAAUUGAGGAAAGGAAUAAAGAAACACAGAAAAAAACACAUGAAUUACAAAAUGAAAAAGAAACACUUGCUGCCCAGCUGGAUCUGGCUGAAACAAAAGCUGAGUCUGAGCAGUUGGCCCGAGCCCUCCUCGAAGAACAAUAUUUUGAACUUACUCAGGAGAGCAAGAAAGCAGCAUCACGAAAUAGACAAGAAAUUAGUGAUAGAGACAAUAUUGUAAGCCGGCUUGAAGAAACAAACAAUACACUAACUAAAGAUGUUGCAUUUCUAACCAAAGAAAAUGCUGAACUCAAAGAAAAAAUAAAGAAAGUGGAAGAAGACUAUAAACUAAAGAAAGAGGAGGAAGUCAACAGCAUUAAAAUGCAGUAUGAAAAGAACCUGAACACUGAAAGGACCCUUAAAACACAGGCUGUCAACAAACUAGCUGAGAUAAUGAAUCGGAAAGAUUUUAAACUGGAUAGAAAGAAAGUGAACAUGCAGGAUUUCAAGAAAAAAGAGAAAGAAAAUCGAAAGUUACAGUUGGAACUUAACCAAGAAAAGGAGAAAUUUAAUCAAAUGGUGAUAAAAUACCAGAAGGAGCUUAAUGAAAUGCAAGCGCAACUUGUAGAAGAGUCAACAUAUAGGAAUGAACUUCAGAUGCAGUUAGAUAGUAAGGAGAGUGACAUAGAACAACUGCGUAGCAAAAUUUCCGACCUACAACAAGGCAUGGACUCUACUAGUGUGGCUAGCCUGCAACCAGAUGACACUGAUGGUAAUGUUCUAGAAUCAAGAAUGGAGGGUUGGCUUUCCAUACCAAACAAAGGCAAUAUAAAACGUCAUGGAUGGAAGAAACAGUAUGUUGUGGUAAGCAGCCGAAAGAUUUUGUUCUAUAAUGAUGAACAGGACAAAGAACAAUCUAAUCCAUCCAUGGUAUUAGAUAUAGAUAAAUUAUUUCAUGUUCGACCAGUCACACAAGGAGAUGUAUACAGAGCAGAAACUGAGGAAAUUCCCAAAAUAUUCCAGAUUCUGUAUGCCAAUGAGGGAGAGUGCAGAAAAGAACUAGAAGUAGAACCAGUGCAGCCAGCAGAGAAGACAAAUUUUCUUAAUCAUAAAGGUCAUGAAUUUAUCCCUACACUGUACCACUUCCCAGCCAACUGUGAGGCUUGUGCCAAACCCCUCUGGCAUGUAUUUAAGCCACCCCCUGCAGUGGAAUGUCGACGAUGCCAUGUUAAGUGCCAUAAAGACCACUUGGAUAAAAAGGAAGAAUUAAUUGCACCAUGUAAAGUGAGUUAUGAUAUAACUUCAGCAAGAGAUAUGUUAUUGUUGGCACCCUGUCAAGAAGAACAAAAGAAAUGGGUUUCUCAUUUAGUAAAGAAGAUCCCCAAGACACCACCAUCCAGUUUUAUUCGUGCUUCCCCAAGAACUCUUUCUACAAGGUCCGCAGCCAAUCAGUCAUUCAGAAAAAUUAAGAACGCUUCUGGAAAAGCUAGGUCAAAGGAGUAUGGAUCUAUGGGGGACAUUUCCCAUUCAGAAAACUCCAGUUAUUGUUAACAGUGUGUGCAGUGCUUCGUGGAAUCUGGCAGGAUGCAGUCUGAGAAAGCUGGACUUUGUUCAUCAUUCAGAGCAAUGCAGACUGGUUGUUCCUUCCAACAAAUCACAGGCUUCAGGGCUAAGACUGCUAUUACUCUCUCUCCUCCUUGCUUUGGCACAAAAAGCAUGCUGAGGGUGUCUUAUUGCGGGUUUGCCUUAAGGUAGAUUAGAUUAAUUAUUACUAUGUAAUGCAAGUAAAAGCAAAUAAAGCUUAGCUAGGUAUAAGGUUAAAGUGCUGCCUUUUUGGAUUCUAAAAAAAAUGCCUGUCAAUCAUGAUGGAACACAGUGAGCUUUUCUCAUGUUGAUGAGAAUGAAGACUUGUUUACCCUGUGGGAGGGGUAUUUUUUAUC